GGGAGAGCAGCAAGUCAGCUUGUCAAAACCUAGGAGGCAUGAUGGCUGCCCCUCAUUCACUUGAAGAAAUGAAGUUCAUGGCAGAUUUGGCACGACAGAAGGACAGCAAAUACAGCGUCUGGAUUGCUUGCAAUGACAUUAAAGUUGAAGGAAACUGGACGUGUGACGGCCAGGAAGGAAGCAAGCCGUUCAUGGCAUGGGGACCUGGGCAGCCGCAUAAUACGGAUAAUAUUCAAGACUGUGCAGCAAUAGCUGCAAAAUGUAAUGACAGUAUGAAUGAUGCUCGCUGUAGUAAAUCCCGUGAGGCCGUUUGUAUCCGUCAGGCUGUCUGCACUCCUCGCCUAACCCAACCCCGUCAAUACUGCUUCUCCAGCAACACUCCCAUCCCAAUGCUCAACUCAACCUGCCUCCUUGACCACGUCAUCCGAGAGUUUAUUACCGAGGGUGUCACUGCUUGUGGCUCGACCUGCAUCAAGGAGCCUGGAUGUCGCUCCUUCAACAUCAAAAACGGAGAUGGCAAGAAACUGUGCCAGCUGAACAACAGCACAAGCUCCAAAGACAAGGACAAGUUCCAAACCAUCGCUGAUUUCUGUAUCUAUCUGGAGGAAUGCAUUGGCUAAUUCAGACAUUAUAAGAGGUGUACUUUACAAACAUGAACCUAGUGAAAACAGAACUUGGUGGAACGCCUAUUAGGGAAUUUGACAAUGUGAUUUUAUGAACAUUAUUUCUCUGCCACAU